GCAUUCAUCACGUGCUAUCUUGUGCAGUAGUUGUAUUUAUCAAACGAACACGUUCGCCUUUGUUUUGGUACUUUUCAAGUAAAAAUGACUCCUUAAUGUAAAUGUCCUGAUGGCAUCUCCUGCUGCUCGCAUGUUUCGAAGGUUAGAUGGUUUGUUUUGUGUCUACAAACCUUCUGGUAUGCCAUGGAAAGUCGUGAGGGACACCAUCGAGACGAAGCUCCUCAAAGGUUUGGAUGCUUUGCCAUCGCUGCCUCUCCCUGAGCAGAUCCGCUUUUUGGCCCAACCAGGCAGCAACGCUUUGACGCCCAAGAGACUGUCAGCAUCCUCUGUCCCAGUCUUGUCCAAACACCCUCUGGUGACUGGGAGUGAAUUCAAGCAUAUUCCAGUCGGUGUAGGACAUCGCUUGGAUACAUUAUCUUCUGGUGUUAUUGUUCUCGGUGUUGGGAACGGAAACAAAGUGCUGAAUGGCCUCCACAGCCUGCAAGUAACAAGAGAUUACACAUUGGAGGGCGAGUUUGGCUCCGCUACUGAUGACUUCUCCCACACAGGACGUAUUGUGGAAAGAUCCACCUAUGAUCAUAUUACGCAAGAUAAGCUGGACAGAGUUUUGGCAAUGCUGCAGGGAGCAAAUCAGAAGGCUUUGUUAACGUACGCCAAUGUAGACAUGCGUUCCCAGGAAGCCUACGAGAUGGCUGUGCAAGGUUUACUUGGCCCAGAGGGGAAGUCACCGCCCAUUUUGACGGGCCUGAGGUGCAUUCGCUUCCAGCCUCCAAACUUCACUCUGGAGGUGCAAUGCCUAAACGAAACGCAGAAAUACCUCCGCAAAGUGGUGCACGAGAUCGGACUGGAGUUGCGCAGCACGGCCUUCUGCAAGGGAGUUCGCCGUACGAGAGAUGGCACUUUCACCCUGCAGGACGCUCUUACCCGCGACCGCUGGAAGCCCGCUGAUGUCUUAAGCGCCAUCCGACAGUACCACGCUGGUCACAGACAAAGGAAACAAGAGUACAAAGCCCAGGAGCAACAAGACGCUACCACCAGAGAAGAACUGCAUUCUAAAUGAAGCUUCUCUAAAGACGAAGGUAUGCUGAAAAGCGGAUGUGACAAUCCUGGGAUUGGAACUUAAGGAGUACUUUUCGAUAUUGUUGUUCUGUUGGAGGCCUGAUGAUGCCAUCGCAGGACUAGUUGCUCUAAGGGAGGACACCGUUGGCUUUGUCUGUUUUGGAAGUACGACCACAAGGACACACAUCAAAUAGAAGAACAAGAGACAGUUUGUAGUUUAUUAAGCAGUUACACAUUUAGUUUGCAACACAAAGAAGGUACAAUUUACACCAGGGUUUUAUUGCUAUGAAUUAUUCAGUGACCUGCAUCUGUAAUAUAGCCGCCACUAGGUGCUUUGUUUUAUCACUCUAUUUCAAAAUAUAUUUAUCUAAAAAAUCAUAUGUUUCGCAUGACACUACUGUCUAUAUUAGUCAAAAAUAUUUAUAUUGAGCACAUUUUAGUCUCUAGGAAUUCAUGCAAACUCCACCAAUUCUGCGUAGUAUGUGCAACCUAGCAACUUUCCUCCAUAUUUUUCCAAAUCAGCGCAAUUUUUGCCAAUCAAAUGUCUUAGCGGCGCUCAAACGCGCACGUCAACUGUCUAGUCAAAACUUAUGUUUGUUUCUUGUGUUGAAGAAAUUGUCGAUCCAGGGUAAGCCAAGAACAUAUUUGCAACGGGGACGUUGCAAAGAGACAGCAUUUACAUUUGUUAGAGAUGUUGAAGUGUGAUAUCUCAUUGGCUCUCAUUUACCAUGAACAUUCAGUGCUAUAGAUUGGUCUCAACGUGCGGAGUAAGUGUUGGACCAUAAACACAUUUUUAAGAUGGACAAACACCUAAAGCUGAACAAAAAAUAAAAUUGACAGAACAAGUGUAAGUUGCAGACACGACACAAAGGAAGCCUUUGGUGGUGUUUCUAUCUGUAAUUAUAAAUAAUGAAAACAGUAUGGUAAUUUGACAAUGAGUUCUGAGUAUGUUUUUACUACCACUGGAUGUUUACUUUUAGGUCUGUGCUGUAAUAAAAUGAGGAAAACAUCAAUACCGUAUUUGUUUACAAUUUUUG